ACUCAUUGGACGAAUCAUGAAUAGAAGCUGACAUGACGUCAAAGUAAUCUGUCAAAUAUGCUAAAAACGCUCAGCUUUAUAUACGCAUAAUUCUUGAACCGCUGAAUUCCUAAAGUAAAGACUUGCAUUUUUGGAUUUAACGUAUUAAAAACUACUAGAUUGGAAUGAAAAAGAAAAUAAUUUUAUUUCCACUGAGGCGAAGCUCACUCCAAUAAUUUUAUUUCUAUUAAACCGGAGUUCAGUUAAAAUGAAUCCUUUAACAAACGUAAAAAAUAUAAAAAAGCUUGGAGAACAAGAAUUAGUAAGUAAUAGGAGUAUAUCUUGGCAUGAUCAAUAUGGAGAUAGUGCUUGGAUCUUUAUUGGUGGAUUACCAUAUGAUUUAACAGAAGGUGAUGUUAUAACUGUAUUUUCUCAAUAUGGAGAAGUAGUAAAUAUAAAUUUAAUUCGGGAUAAAAAUACAGGAAAACAAAAGGGAUAUGGUUUUUUAUGCUAUGAAAAUCAAAAAAGUACAGUAUUAGCUGUUGAUAAUUUAAAUGGUAUUAAGAUCUUAGGCAGAAUAAUAAGAGUUGAUCACGUAGCAAAUUAUAAAGCACCGAAAGAUUCAAAAAAUGUUGAUGAAGAGACUAAGCGGUUAAGAAAAGAAGGUUGUGCUCCCAAAAAUAUAUAGUAAAAAUUGUGAUAAUUAGUAUAUCAUUAUUAGAUUGCUGUUGUUUAUGCAUUGACACUGAAUGCAAAUAUGCAAAAAUGAACAAGACAAUGAGUAUAUAUGUACAAAAAUAUAAAAAGUAAAAUAUAUAUUACAAGAUAUUUAGAAGAGAAAACAUACUUUUAUUGAGGUUUAGACGCUAUAUCAGUGUCAAUAUAAAAAUAUAAAUUUGCAUAAACAUCUGCAAUCUAGUCAUUACUUUUAGUACAAAUGAAAUCCGUAUAAAAUAUUAAAAUAUAAUUGUAUGUAUUAAACCUUUGUAAAUGUAUUUAAAUAUUAUUUUUAAAACAAAUUGUAGUUAAAACAAUAAUUUAGUUGCAUUUAAAUGUGGAGUUAAUGAACAACGCCAAUUUCGUUAAUA